UCCACCUACCGUUCGCAACGCUCAAAGAAGCACCUCAAACAGGCAUGCCACAUCUGCAAGGCUUUUGCAACUUGGAAAAACCAAUUUGUUUCAAGAAAAUCAAAGAACUUCUCUAUCACACUAUCCAUAUUGAAAAGGCAAACGGAUCCGACGAACAAAACCAAACAUACUGUAAGAAAAGCAACAUGUUCUUUGAAAAGGGCGUGCCUCAAAAUCAAGGACGAAGGAACGACCUCCAAGCUGUGGUGGACACAAUUUCUACCGGUGAAAGACACAUCGAAGCUAUCGCCUCGAAACAUCCAACGACUUUUAUCAAAUACCAUCGAGGUAUCAUCGCAUACCUCAGCAUCACUAACCCCAUCCCACCCCGUUCAUACAAAACGGAUGUCUACUAUUACUGGGGACCUCCAGGAUCUGGUAAAUCACGACGAGCCCUAGAAGAAGCUACCGCUACAGCCCCCGACUCCAUCUACUACAAACCACGCGGAGACUGGUGGGACGGAUACCAACAACAAACUUGCGUCAUCAUCGACGACUUCUACGGAUGGAUAAAGUACGACGAACUCCUAAAAAUAUGCGACCGCUACCCCUACAAGGUUCCAAUAAAAGGAGGCUACGAAGAAUUCACAACACGUAAAAUAUGGAUAACAAGUAACAUUGACACAGACAAAUUAUACAAAUUUAAAAACUUUAUUCCAAACGCUUUUGAAAGACAAAUUACAAAUAAAAUAUAUAUAGCCUAA